AUGGCCAAAUCAAAGAUACCUGCUACUACAAGAAAGAAGCAAUCUAGCACCUCAAUAUCAACAUCAACUCUAUUGAGUCUCCAAUCAAACUCGGACAUCUGGUACAAGAUUCAUAUCCUACUCUAUGAUCUCUAUAACAUCGCCAGUGACCGAGCCGCUGAAGCACGUACCUUAGCCACAACUGAUGAGCUAUACAUUAGCGGCCCUUACUUCUCACCCGAGGAAGCCAUAAUUAUUAAAGCUACACUGGUUUCGCCCCCAUCGCUGAACGAGAUCCCAGAAUUUGAGUCUCUCUGUAUGGAUAAUUCCAUCGAUGAAAGCAGCAAAGAAGUACCAACACCCGAGACAAUGACCAUCGAAGCCGCUAUUAAAUCUUGUCUCCAAAAUUUCUUUGAAAAGCGCAGAGCAAGUGGUGAUGCUCGACCAUGUGGACCCCAUGACAUGGGCCCAAUUUAUCAAGCAGUCUUUGGCAUUACGAAAGAAGAUUUGAAGAAUGAGAAGUUCUUGAGCAGGUUGAGGAGGACCGGUCUUGGCCAGUCAAGAGAGAAAGAGAAGAAUGCAAGUGAGAGUGUCUCUGGCAAGCAGAAGAAGAAGAAAGGACAGAAGGGCUAG